AUGCCGAACAGAAAGAGGCCCUCCAGGAAGCAGUCUGCACCAGGGCCUAUUGCAGCUCAUCUUCUUCCAGACACGAUAGCGAGGGACGUCGACGGUGCCAGGUGGGACGAGGUCGUUCGGCUGCUUUGUGAAUAUUUCCAACUGCCAGACCUCACCACACGGGGCAGGCUUAAGAAAGUGCACAAUCACUUUGAUAAUAUUUACAGGAAACUUGACGAUGCUUACACGACUAAUAUUGACAAUGAGACGGUGGUGGGUGGUAUAGUUAAUAUAUGGGCGAAAAUGUUCGCGGAUGCUCUUUUACGCGAUAAGCUGUUCAAGAGAGGAUUGGUGGCAAAGAUGAUCCCAGUUUUCGAUAUGCCGGAGGCGUGGUAUGUCGGACUUCAGGCAUUGACUGCCGUGACACACCACGGGGGGGUAAAUGCACGGCGAGAAAUUGCGAAAAUUACGCCCACUCUUUUGCGCUUGCUGAGCGAGCACCCGGACAAUCCCAAGGUCAUCGAACUCGCAACGGUCACGAUGGCGCACGCCAUUAGCGCGACUGUUGGACAGCAACAUCCCGCAGACCGCAAGCUCGUCGCACUGCUUGACAUGCGAUCUGUCCUGGAGGCCACUAUGAAUAACCUGCGCAAGCCAUUCGUGUCACACCUCAUGUUAACCCACGCAAUGACGCUCGUAACCAGCUCGACGCUUCACUGCCACAAAGAAUACAAUGCGGUCCCAUCCGUAGUCUCCUUCCUUGUCGCAUGCCUCCGAAGCAAUGAUGUGACAACUAGAUGCAGUGCUCUGGGCGGUCUAUUUCGCCUGAUUAUCCAUGACUCCGAGGAAGACAGACGGCUUUACGACCCGCAGAGGAUCAUGGCCGCAGUGCAGCGCGGCUUUCCGGAAAACCUCCAGGACAUCAUGGUGGAUUAUGGUCUGCAGAGGUGUGAUUUAACACUGAUUUUGAAAACCGCGGGAGCAUAUCAGAAAGCAAUGAUGAAGUGCGCGCAGGGCAAAGAUCUUUACGCACUUGGCAAAUCGCUCGCAGAUUUCAUUCUGUGCACCGAGUUCUCCAUCGCAGAGGGUAUGUUUCAAGCACUCAACGAACGUACGGGGUUACCCGAGACCAUCGACGUCGGGUGA